AUGGACGCGUCUCCCUUGUCUGGUGAUAAUGGACACAAAUUCGUGGGCGCUCCAGAGGGAGUGGAUGUGGCUGGUGACUAUGGCACCCCUAGUCUCCUCUUCAUUUACUACAAUCAGCCGGUCUCCGACAAGCAUCGCAAGGCAGUGCAGGAGUUGAGACAUGACCUGGAGACCUGGAACGCCUUUGAACUUGGGCGCGCUGAAUCCCAGGUCAAUGAAUUGAUGCAGAAGGGAAAUCUGCCAACCGACGACUACAACGAAUCGCGCGUCAGACGCACCGACUAUCGCAGCAAGGCGAUCCAGUAUCUGCGCAAGGAGCACGAAUCCUGGUGA